UGGGCGGCGGGGAUGACAGCAGCGGGGGUGGCUGCGGCUGCCGCGCAGGGCUGAGCGAGCCGCGAGCGAGCCGGGGGAAGAGGAGGAAGUGGAGCCGUGGCCCCGAGCUCCGGAGUCAGCCGACGCGCGGAGGUCCGCCCCAUUUUGCAGAGCGAGCCGAGUCCGGACCUGGGAAGACUUCUCCGCCGGGCUUCGGCCGCCGCGGCUCUGCGCGUCCUCGCCUGCGCCCUGCCCCGCCUGCCCCAGCCCGGGGUUCUGUGCCGGGACGCUCCCAGCCCCGCGAUCCGGGGCGUCGCGGCUGGGACGCCCUGAGCUCCCGACCCGAUCCAGUGCCCUGGGGCGGGAAGCUCCUGGCCCACCGUACUGGUCUAUGGUUGCGGGCUUGUACCCUGCCUUUCUGUAGUGUGUGUCGGAGCCCCCGGACCCGGGUUAAGACGGGUGCCCACAGCCUCCCGACCGAGUGCAACGGAGCCCAGAAGCCCCCAGACUCUGGCUCCCGAGACCCAAACCUUCAGCUGCCUUCCGCCCGGUGCUUCGGACUUGGGACCGUGCGAACGCCCAGGAAACCUCGGCCCGGGUCCAAGCACCCCGUGAGGGGUCCCAAGCCUGCUGGGCAGUUGGACUGAGCCGGACCGAGCUGGUGCUGCGAGCCGAAGCUGUCACCUUUCUGCCGCCCCAGGCGAGGGCUCAGCGUUUGCCCCGAAGAAGGGAUCACAGGCCACCCCACCACCACCACCCCUGCCCGGCGGCCGGCGAGAGCCGAGAGCCGAGAGCUGCAGGACUGGAUUGGGAAGAGGAAUUGUGAUCCUGUCACAAACAGAGUAGGUGCAGGCACCUGUUUGUUGAGUUGGAACAAAACCAGAUCCCAUUGGGGCUCAGAUUCCCCUUCUGUGAAGUGGACAGAAGCUGCUUGGGGCAGGAUCACGAGGCCACAGCACCAGAUUCCUGGACUUUUGAACACUGUCCCAAGGAAGUGACAACACCACCUCCGUGGACAGGACAUCCUCAAGAGCCCUGCUCACAGCCGCUGCUACCUUCUUCCAGGACCGGCCAGGGGCCUCAUGGGUGCCUGAGGGCCGGGCGCCAGGGCUGCACGCAAGAGCAUGGUGAGACACCAGCCCCUGCAGUACUAUGAGCCACAGCUGUGCCUCUCCUGCCUCACGGGCAUCUACGGCUGCCGCUGGAAGCGCUACCAGAGAUCCCACGAUGACACCACACCGUGGGAACGCCUCUGGUUCCUGCUCCUCACCUUCACCUUUGGCCUCACACUCACCUGGCUCUACUUCUGGUGGGAAGUCCACAAUGACUACGAUGAAUUCAACUGGUACCUCUACAACCGCAUGGGCUACUGGAGCGACUGGUCUGUGCCCAUCCUCAUGACCACAGCUGCUGCCUUCACCUACAUCGCGGGCCUCCUGGUCCUGGCACUAUGUCACAUCGCCGUGGGGCAGCAGAUGAACCUACACUGGCUGCACAAGAUGGGGCUGGUGGUCAUCCUGGUGUCCACGGUGGUGGCCAUGUCGGCCGUGGCCCAGCUGUGGAAGGACGAGUGGGAGGUGCUGCUGAUCUCCCUGCAGGGCACAGCGCCAUUCCUGCAUGUGGGGGCCCUGGCCGCCAUCACCGCGCUCUCCUGGAUUGUGGCAGGACAGUUCGCCCGUGCAGAGCGGUCCUCCUCCCAGGUGGCCAUUCUCUGUAUCUUCUUUGCCAUGGUAUUUGCCUUCUACCUGGCCCCUCUCACCAUCUCAUCUCCCUGCAUCAUGGAGAAAAAGGACCUGGGCCCCAAGCCUGCCCUCAUUGGCCACCGUGGGGCUCCUAUGCUGGCCCCAGAGCACACAUUGAUGUCCUUCCGGAAGGCCCUGGAGCAGAAGCUGUAUGGGCUACAGGCUGAUGUCACCAUCAGCCUGGAUGGCGUGCCCUUCCUCAUGCAUGACACCACCCUGCGGCGCACCACCAACGUGGAGGAGGAGUUUCCGGAGCUCGCCCGCAGGCCCGCCUCCAUGCUGAACUGGACCAUCCUGCAGAGGCUCAAUGCCGGCCAGUGGUUCCUGAAGACGGAUCCCUUCUGGACGGCCAGCUCUCUGUCACCCUCCGACCACAGGGAGGCCCAGAACCAGUCCAUCUGCAGCUUAGCAGAGCUCCUGGAGCUGGCCAAGGGCAAUGCCACGCUGCUGCUCAACCUGCGUGACCCACCACGGGAGCACCCCUACCGUGGCAGCUUCCUCAAUGUCACGCUGGAGGCCUUGCUGCGCUCUGGGUUCCCCCAGCACCAGGUCAUGUGGCUGCCUAACAGGCAGAGGCCCUUUGUGCGGAAGGUGGCUCCUGGCUUCCAGCAGACAUCAGGUUCCAAGGAGGCGGCCGCCAGCCUGCGGAGAGGCCACAUCCAGAGGCUGAACCUGCGCUACACUCAGGUGUCCCGCCAGGAGCUCAGGGACUAUGCGUCCUGGAACUUGAGUGUGAACCUCUACACGGUCAAUGCACCGUGGCUCUUCUCUUUGCUGUGGUGUGCAGGAGUCCCAUCUGUCACCUCCGACAACUCCCAUACCCUGUCCCAGGUGCCUUCCCCUCUCUGGAUCAUGAGAUCAGCGAUGGCAUGGAGGUUUCCGAUGAGCUCUCUGUAUGUUCAGACAACAGCUAUGACACGUAUGCCAACAGCGCUCCCACCCCUAAGGACAACCGAGGGAGUGGCAGCCGCACCAAGACUCUCACAGACCGGAGUGGGCGUUAGCCGAACCCUGUUUGUCCCAGCCUGUACCUGUACGUGGAGACCAGGGGACCCAAGAGAGCGGGCAGAAGCAUGUCUGGACCUGGAGUGCUCUGGGAGCUGGCUCCACGGCCUCCUCGUUGGCUCCGGCCCCCGUCAGCCAUGGCCCCCCUUGAAGGGGACUCCCCUCUCUCCUGAGGCCCAGCCAGGUCAGAACUCCAGCCUCGCAGAGGCCCCUGCUGGCCUGGGGCCCCUUCUGGGAAGUCUGGGGCCCAGGGCCUGGUCCUCCCCCGGAGGCCUUCCCUUGCAUCCUGAUCUGGAAGCUCUGAUGGCUCGCUGCUGGGCCAUGUGGCAGUUGAGGAUGUGGAUGUCCACAUGUGUCCAUCCUCCCUUCUAUGCUGAGGUAGCCGACUUCUUCGGUGUCUCCUGCCUUGAGGGCCUGGGCUGGGCCUCUGCCCCCAGCAGCUGUUCUUCACAUCAGUCUCAAAGCACAAGGAGGUUCAGCCCAAGAAGAAAGUCUGCUGUGGUGGAGACACUCCUCCCUGACCAGCCUCCUACCACCACUGGCCCUGCCUCAGGAGAGGGACUGAGCCACGUCCCCAGGAACAGCUGGAGAUGGCCAGGAGAAUAGGCCUAAGGCUGCUUUAUCCCUCACCCUCGUGUCCAACAGACUUCUAGGGCAGAGUGGCACAGAGGCCCAAGAGAUCUGCAGACUGAUACAACCUCAGGUUUCCACAUCAGUGGCCACAGGGCAUUGGCCACCUAGGAAGAAUGUCCUAGGCAUGGCCAAGGAGGCCUACAGCAGAGCAAGCCUGACAGCCUUGGCCAAUAUGAUUAAAGCUGCCAUCCUGA